CACGCGCACGCAAACCCGGCUUUUAAUGGGCCGUGAGCGCGCACGUUGACUCUUUGUGUGUGGCAGCGUAGAGAAGCCCAAAUACAAUUAGCUACAAUGGCUGACCAAAAGCCCAAGGAGGGAGUGAAGACGGAAAGUAAUGAACACAUCAACCUCAAGGUGGCUGGACAGGAUGGCUCAGUAGUGCAGUUCAAAAUCAAAAGGCACACACCUCUCAGUAAACUGAUGAAGGCAUACUGUGAAAGACAGGGUCUUACCAUGAGACAGAUUCGCUUCCGGUUCGAUGGACAGCCCAUAAACGAGACAGACACACCUUCACAGUUGGAAAUGGAGGAUGAGGACACGAUUGAUGUCUUCCAGCAACAGACCGGAGGCCUCUUCUGAAUGGGUGAAGAAUCCCCCUCUUCUCCACCCUUCCAUUUAUACAGCCCCUCUCCUCCUCCUCCUCUUCCUCACUCUGCCCAACAUCCUGUCCGAACUGAAUCUGCUUUAAGCGAGACCCUCUCACACUUUAACAGAUCUGCUGUUGUAUAUUGGGGGCUUUGGAUGUUUCGUUCAUUUCUUAUUUUUUAUUUCUGGGGGUUUUGUACAUAAAUGACUUUUGCCAAUGCUACAUCCAUAGAAAUGAAAAUGAUGCGUUACGAAUACGCAAACAAAUGUUCCAGUCCCAUCAUCCUGGCAGCGGCUGCUUGUAGGAGUUGGAUGUUUGGUGCAUUUGGCGUCUCGUGCUGUGAGGUGGCACGGGAGGUCAAAAGGAAGCAAGGUUCUUGGGCUUCCGCUCUGCUUGUGUUUCCAAGCAUUGUCAUUAGUGUUCCGAUGUCAAUCACCUGUGUUCCAUUGCUAGCUCAACAGAUAACCAAAAAAGCCAAGUCAUGUCUAAUAACAAUAUCCAGUCUUAUCUAUUGUUGUAAGCCUAGCUCACAGCAGGCAGGCUAAUCACCACAGUGAGUUUAGCUUUAAGUAAGUUUGCUGGCUUAUUCUUCCAAAGUGUCACAGAAUACAAGAAUACGUCACUACAGGUCUUCUAAUCAGUGGUGCUCCCGUUUUAACUUCCUGUACAGUAACAGCUUACAAUUGUUCUAUUAAUGUAGGUGAAGGUGAUUGACACUUCACACACCAAAUCCUGUAGCCCUUUGGUGUGGAUAGGCUUGAUGAUGAACCAACUUACUGUCUGCUGGGAAAAACUACAUGAUGACUUGACUGUUAUGACCAACAGUCCUAAGCAACAGACUUGAUCAUUACUAAUUUGUGUGUCAACAAGCUUAUAUUGGGGGACCUCUGCAAUAGUUAUCAGGCAAAUGAGGUAUCUUACUGUAAGCCAAAUCUAAAGUUAUGUACAAAAGUCUGCAUCUUAUCUUAAUGGGACAUUUAAAGGGAGUUGGAUGAGAAUGGACAUAAACAAACAUAUUUUCAGACACACAUGGUUGCUUUUAUUCCUUUUAUAAAGUCAUGGAACAUAAUUGCUGUACAAAAGUGGUGUAAUGGAUAGUGGGGUGCUUAAUGAGCUAGACACUUCCUGUUAAACCACUGCUUCCAUUGGACAAAAGUUUGUGAACAAAUCUUUCUUAACGACUUAUUUACAAGUAGGGUCAAAUUGAUAUUGGUAUUCACCACUAUAUCAUUUGGAAUAGAAGAGAAGAGUUAUUUACUUAAGCACCAGUAUUCACCACACAUGAUAUGGAAAAUGGAUCAAAAGAGCCUUUAUUCAGAAUACUUGUACAGUUAUUGAUUUUGAAUGAGUUCCUGGCUGUCUUUGUUAUUGUUAGCCUUACCGUGAAUUUUCAACAACAAAAAAGUUGCUUAUCGAUUUAGAAGCCAUAUACAAACUGCUUUGAGUCUGCGUGGAUGGAGCUGGGCACCUUGUCUCGUCCACAGGGGACGAUGAUGGCGGCUCCUCCAGCUUUUCAGUUCUGUUCCAGAAGAUUUUCUAUCUUUUUUAUACAUAAAUAUAAAUAUAUAUAUUGUAGUGUUCAUGUGUAGUGAGAAACUUGUCUUACAGCUGGUUGGAUUUAGGAUUAGAAGCAAAAUAAAGAACCCUUUCAAAUACGUCUAAUUGAAGACAAGUAUGUGUAUUGUGGAAUACAUUUCUUGUUUAAAUAAAGUUAUUCAUUUUUUUA